CUUGAGUAGAGCCUCUCACGUGACCCUAUCGCCAAGCCCUCCCUCUCACAAUCGGCAUUUCUGUGCUCCAAUCCACCGACGACUACCGCUGCCCGCUGCCCGCAAGCUUCCAUUCAACACCACCACGACGCAUCAUCUCUCACCACCACCACCGCUCACACGCUCAACCUCGACUUUUCACGCCAACCUCAACCUCGAUUUUCCAAGUUUCUCCCCCGAGGAAUCACCCUACUCGCCAUCAUGUCCGGCGCCACCAAACCCACCGCGGAAAAGCCCACCGCCGCCGCAGCGGACAAGGAUACUCCCGAUGCCACCACCAAGCCCGCCGCUCCGCUCGAAGAAGACGACGAGUUUGAAGAUUUCCCCGUCGAAGAUUGGACAGAGGAAGAAUCCCAGAUCCCCGGCGGUACAACACAUCUUUGGGAAGAGAGCUGGGACGACGACGACACGAGCGAGGACUUUGCGGUGCAGUUGCGGGAGGAGCUUAAGAAGCUUGGGCACUCGAAAUAAUCAACCA